CACCCACCUGUUGUUGUUGUAGAAUUCAUUCGCUUUGGCGGUCUUUCAAACUUUGCAUCCACCUUUCCUCUCCCAGUUCGCUUCCAUUGGCCGUAUCGUUUUCUCUCUCUAGACUACACCAAUCUCUUUCCUUUCUCUCUCUACAAUUUCCUUCCUCGCUAAGGCAACCCUAGUUCUUCAAUUCUCGCUUGGUCUCAACUGAUUGACGAAUUAACGGAAAUGGUAGGACUCUUCUGCACAUUAGACUCGCAAUAAUAUACGAGUUCAGAGAUACAGGAGUCAAACAUUUGAGUUUAAAACAGCAAAUUGUUCACUUUAUUGGGUUAACAAGCAAUUUAUUCUGGAAAAUUGGCAAUAUGGGUUCCGGUGUGGGUAACAUUUUAUUGAGAUUGGGGUCGAUAACUUCGGACUCUAAUAACGGUUUCAUAGACUCCGUAACCUUAUUCGUGGCACUCCUUUGUGGUUGCAUUGUGAUCGGUCAUCUUCUCGAGGAAAACCGGUGGAUUAACGAGUCAAUUACUGCCCUUUUCAUAGGUUUGUGCACUGGGACUAUUAUCUUGGUGACUACUGGUGGAAAAAGCUCGCGCAUUUUGGAAUUUAAUGAAGAACUUUUCUUUAUUUAUCUUCUUCCACCUAUUAUAUUCAAUGCUGGGUUUCAGGUGAAAAAGAAGCAAUUUUUUCGGAACUUCAUGACCAUCACAUUGUUUGGUGUUGUUGGUACAUUGAUAUCCUUCGGCAUCAUUUCAUUUGGUGCAACACAAUUAUUCAAAAAGCUGGAUAUUGGUUUCCUGGAGAUUGGGGAUUAUCUUGCAAUUGGUGCAAUCUUUUCAGCAACGGAUUCUGUUUGCACCUUGCAGGUGCUUAAUCAGGAUGAGACACCUUUGCUCUACAGUAUAGUCUUUGGGGAAGGUGUGGUAAAUGAUGCGACAUCCGUGGUUCUUUUCAAUGCGAUCCAGAGGUUUGACCUCUCUCACAUCAACUCUGGCAUUGCCUUGCAGUUCAUAGGCAACUUUUUGUCUCUGUUUAUUCUUAGCACCUUGCUAGGAGUGUCGAUUGGACUGCUUAGUGCAUACAUCAUUAAAAAGUUGUACUUUGGCAGGCACUCCACCGUUCGUGAAGUUGCUCUAAUGAUUCUCAUGGCUUACCUUUCAUAUGUGAUGGCUGAACUGUUCAACUUAAGUGGAAUUCUUACAGUAUUUUUUUGCGGGAUUGUCAUGUCACACUACACUUGGCAUAAUGUGACUGAAAGUUCAAGAGUAACAACCAAGCAUUCGUUUGCGACAUUGUCAUUUGUUGCAGAGAUCUUCAUCUUCCUUUAUGUUGGUAUGGAUGCCUUGGACAUUGAGAAGUGGAGAUUUGUUAGCAACAGCCCUGGAAAAUCUGUUGGGGUGAGUUCAGCACUGCUAGGCCUGGUUAUGCUUGGGAGGGCAGCUUUUGUAUUUCCUCUAUCCUUCUUAUCGAAUUUAUUUACAAAAUCCAAAAGUGACAAAAUUGAGUUCAAGCAACAGGUUACAAUUUGGUGGGCUGGUUUAAUGCGAGGAGCUGUCUCAAUGGCACUUGCUUAUAAUCAGUUCUCGAGGUCUGGCCAUACUCAGCAGCCGGGGAAUGCGAUUAUGAUCACCAGUACCAUCAGUGCUGUUCUUUUCAGUACAGUGGUGUUUGGAUUGUUGACCAAGCCUCUUAUAAGGUUAUUGCUGCCUAAAUCAAGACAAUCUAGCAGUAUGACGUCCUCCGAGUCAUCUAGUCCAAAAUCCGUCUUGCUGCCACUUCUCAGCAAUGGACAACAGUCAGAAGCUGACAUGAACGAUGCAAAUCUUCCCCGUCCAACUAGUCUAGGCAUGCUCCUGACCACCCCUGCUCACACCGUCCAUCAUUAUUGGAGAAGAUUUGACAAUGCCUUCAUGCGCCCUGUGUUCGGUGGGAGGGGAUUCGUGCCCAACGUUCCUGGCUCGCCAACAGCAAGGAGUGUCGAAUAGUUUGAAUGAGAAGUAAAAGCAUACCUUUUAACUCAACAUUGCAAGUUCUCUUGCUAGUGAUCUUCAUUUAGGUUAAAAUCUACAAUUAUAUACCUUAGGUGUUUGCUAGUCACACGUGUAUAUAUACAGAAAAACUAUACACUCAUAUGUUCAUAAACACAGCUCUCUAUAUAUAUUUAUAUAUAUAUCUCAUAUUGACCCUCACUUUUUUCGUGACAGGGCUCUCUAAUUAGAUGUCAUCUAUAUAUAUUAUUAUACUUGUUUGUUGAAUAGUUUCAAGGGAAACAGCGAAACGAAUUGUAACAUUUAUGAUUUUGCCUUCUAGUUGUAAUGUCUCUCUUAAUGCAUUA